ACAUCUUUACAGAACUAGCUAACAUAAGCUACCUACCAAUAUAUCAGCAUGUUUUUGUAGUUAACUAGACAAGAAAAGCAAACAAAUUAAAUACUCACGAACAAUAGAAAUCACAUCUGGGUCACAUGUGGGGAAACACCGGGUGGAAUUUGUCUCCCCGAAUAGCCUUUUAAAACCUCCCACCAUCUCCAUGUAGCUUGAUCUACUAUGGUCAGAAACUAGCUAACGGCAACACGCAGACAACAAUGGCUAUGUCCGGCUAUGUAGUGUUUUGCACCGCGGUGUUGCUUACAGACAGAAGUUCAGAACUAGGUCCUUCUUGCUCAUUGCCGGAGGUUACAAGUCACAGGUGUCUGACCCAUUGUAACGUUAGGCCCGACAGACUACAUGUUCCAAAUUCAAAGCAGAAGCAUGCCAUAGCCCCACCAGUGUUUGUGUUCCAGAAAGAUAAAGCUCAGAAGAGAUCAGUAGAAGGGUCCAGUGCGGAGGAUGGAGAAGACUCUGAUAAAGAUGAGAGUAGUUACUGUCCCCCGGCCAAGAGGGAAAGGACAUCGUCACUAACACAGUUCCCACCCGCACAUUCAGUUUCUAAGAACAAUGUGUUCAUGCCAUCCAGUUUCUGUCAGUCCCCGACAGGAAAUAAUAAUUCAGAUUCAGAACCUGAGGAGAAAACGGUUGGGUUUCGCCUGAAGCCUCCCACCCUGAUCCAUGGACAGGCUCCUAGUGCAGGUGUCCCGAGCCAGAAACCCAAGGAGCAGCAGCGCAGUGUACUACGACCCGCAGUACUGCAGGCCCCUCUGGCCACCAAAUCACUAACCCAGACCGGGUUGAACAGUGGUACAAAUGGAGUGAAUAGGUCAUCUGAGGGUCUACCAGUCACCCAGAACAACACAGAGAAGUGUGAUGACACGACCACGUCACAGGUUGAGCAAAGCAGUGAACAGAAAGGCUCUACAUCAGCAGAAUCAGGGGAAACCAAUUAUUUCCUACAAUACAGAAGCACUCCCAUCUUACAGAAGGCUGAGAACAAGGCUGACGACGGGGAUAAGUUUGUGUUUGGACAGAACAUGUCGGAUCGUGUCCUGAGUCCGUUGAAAUGUGAACAAGCAGCCGAGGGCAGCAGAGAUCCCCCCACCGCCCCGCCCUGUGAGCUCCCGUCAAAAGACAGCAGCCCUGAUAAAGAUAACAAUGUGACAGAGUCUUUGGAGGAGUCGGCGGCGGCCUACACCAAAGCCACAGCCAAGAGGUGUUUGUUAGAGAAAGUAGAGGUCAGAACUGGAGAGGAGUCGGAGAGUAACGUUCUUCAGGUCCAGUGCAAGUUAUUUGUGUUUGACAAAGCUUCACAGUCUUGGGUUGAGAGAGGCAGAGGACUGCUAAGGCUCAAUGAUAUGGCUUCCACAGAGGAGGGAUCGUUACAGUCCAGGCUGGUGAUGAGGACCCAGGGUAGUUUGCGUCUGAUCCUCAACACCAAACUGUGGCCUCAAAUGCAGACGGACAAGGCCAGCGAGAAGAGCGUCCGCAUCACAGCCAUGGACACUGAGGACCAGGGGGUCAAGGUCUUCCUCAUAUCGGCAAGCUCUAAGGACACAGGGCAGCUGUAUGCAGCGCUGCACCAUCGUAUUCUGGCCCUGCGGAGCCGCUCAGACCAAGAGCCAGAGCCCAGGGUCCCCAUCCCAGAUGGCCACAUCCCUCAUCCCCAGUCUAACGGGGAGGAUAGUGAUGAGGACGAACCGCUCACACCCACUGCCAACACCACAGAGGGUCCAGAGGCCCAGUCCUGCGGGACUGGCAGUGGGAGUGGGUCGUCAUAGCACCUGCCCCCUUUCAUCGGCUCACGCACUGCAGUCAGGACCACCUUACAGACCCCUCCAUGGACACCUCAGGCCAGCAUCUCCCCAGUGGUCCGAGGUCACAGUGGAGCGCCAGGAAGGAUCCUAUGCAGGUGUUACUAAGUUAACUCUGCAGUUCACACUCUGGAUUCACAGUAUAUCCAGGAUGGAUGGUCUUUUUUGUUUAGUAUUUAUCUUUUUUAACCUCUAGAACUGGAUUUUGGGGGGAGUGGGGGGUGUUGUGAAUUGGAUGCUCAUCAUAUUGAUGAGUCUGAGGGAACGAGAAAGCAGUUUUCUUUUCUAGCUGAUAUAAGUACAUUCUAAAUAGUUUGCUGUUAAAAGUGGGACUUCUUUAGCCACCUUGCAAGAGAACAGACCUCAGGCACUUCAGUGGGGCUUGUAUUUUGUUCAGCGAGGUAAAGAUUGAGUUGCAUAGCAAAUAUUUGUUUAUAAAGUCUUUUUUUAUUUCACUGAGUUUUGUCAUUGAAGUGUCUGAACUCUUACUUCAAGUUGUAUUUUUCUAAGGCAAAAUGCUUGCACACACUAGCUAGGAUUAGUCCGUCAAUACCUCCUCUGGCCACUGUUAGUUUUUAGUCUGUAGUCCACAUUGUCAUUUAUUUUUUUACCACAAAUCGGUUGAAUUUAAAAUCCCUUGUGCAAACACCUGCUUUGAUGUUCGUAGCCAUAAAAUAUUUAAUUAAAUAGUGGAAUUUACCUGUGUUCAUGAUUAUUAUUAUUAUUAUUAUUAUUAUUACUGAUACAUUAUGUUUUUAUUGAUAGUUAAUAUUAUCGACUUUGUUUUUGAAAUUCACGCGAAAAUUAACUAAUUCUGUAAAUAAGAAAGCUUGUUGGAUUUGAUUAUUUUACAACAGGUUUGCACCAUGACCCCAAAGUUUACCCUGAAUAUAGCCGUUAGAUUUGUUUGUUUCAAAAAUAUUUUUUUUUUUAUAGAUCAGAAAAAUAUACAUGUUCUCAAAUAUAUAUAUGGAAGAAACCCUUUUCAUGUUUCAGUUGUUUAAAAUUAUGUAAUUAGUUUGCUUUAAAUAAGUUCCAAUCACAAGGCUUUGUUUAUAACAACCACGAUCUCAGAAUCAUAUAAGACCAUUGCAACAAAAAAAAUCACUAUUUUUUUCAUGCGAUCAGAAAGGCCAAUAUAAUAACUUUUAGGUUAGGGUGUUGGCAUUUGGUGUAUCUAGCAUGUCAUUAUUUGCAUCUGUCCUAAACUUGUUUGACAUCAAAAUGCACAUAUAUUCUCAGAACAGCGAAUGCUGCCAUUUUAUUCAAAGAGCUAUAGACAUUGGAACAGGUGGUACUACGCACACAGGGUACAGUAUUUUUCACCAGUAGUCUGGUGCUGAGCCCUCUAUUUAUUCCUUUGUUAAAUAGAUUGCCCUGGGUUGGUGUAUUUAAAACAAACAGCCCUUAAAGAGAAGUAGAUGACUAAUGUAAUAUUUUCUUCAGUGAAGUGUAGUUCCUCUUGUUUUAAGCCUUUUUCUUCCUCAUCGGUGGAAUGAGUAAUAUUUCUAAGUUGUAUUAUAGCGUUCUACUUUUUCAUUUACUACAAGCCUUUGAUGUGAAAAAAUGUAUUUUAACUAAAAAAAAGUAUACUAAGAAAAGUUUGAAACAAAAAAAAACAGGCAAGUAGACAUAUUAUUGGUUAAAAUGUAUAAAUCCUGUAAUGUAUAUUAUUGAAUAAGCAGCCUUUAAAGGAAUAAUCCACUCAAACUUUAUUUAGGUAAUUGUCAUUUCACUGUUGAUAAUGAAACAAAUUCCAAAAUAUAGUUUUUGAGUGGAUUACUCCUUUUAAGUGUAAAAAAAGGACAACUCCUUAUUUAGUACUCUUCUUCACCACAGUCUAUAGAAACCUCACCGUGUAAUGUGCUCUGUAAAAUUGUGUUCUCUCCAUUUUUCACAUUCUGCUUGUGUAGCUACAAACAGGACUAUUCCUAAUGGCCCAGUUUUUAAAAAGUCAUCUGGGUUUCGCCUAUCAGAUAAGAAUAGAAUAGAAUGAAUAGAACGUAAGUCCCCAUUCAAGUCAAUGUUUUGUCCAUUCUAUUCAUUCUAUUUCUAUGCAUUUAAUCCUAUCCGAUAGGUAAAAUCUAGAUAACUUAAAAAGAAACUGGGCCCUGGACAUGAAUGUAUGGCAACUUGUCUCUAUAUAAAGGGCCAGGGGCCGACGUUCUUCAGCACUUUUCCUUCUCUGUGAUAUUUCUCCCAUCAAUAUGAAUUGUUUUAAUGUUCGUAAAUGCACAUGAACUGGGGCUGUCCAUUGAUGAAUUGGCGAAGGUGGUUGAUAAUGAAGUGUUGAAUGUUGUUUACAUUGGGGUCGUUGAUGGUUAUUUGUUGGGGAGUGACUGUUAGACAGAUAUACACUUUUGUUCAUGUUAUAUUUUUGUUGCUGAAAUUUCUGUCAUGUCUGCUAUAGUUCCCUUAAAACAUCUACCUGUUUUUUUAUUAUUAUUUUUAUGCCUAGCUGUUGUUGUUCCAUAACCUGGUGCUUUUUUGUUGCAUUUCCUAUCACUAUACAAGUCAAUGUUGAUAUUCUGUUAGAUCGAGAUCAAAACAGUACAUCUUUGAAUGGAAGUUGAGUGAAGAGGAUGUUAUGAAACCUAGUUGACAUGGACGCGCCCUUGCUGCUAUUGUACAAGGGCACCUAUCUCAUACUGUAUCUGUGACUGGAAUAUGUUUUCAUAGGAACAUGUCAUCUGCGUUGGCCUCUUAACAUACCAUUAACUUCAAUAUAUUAGGUGAUAGUUUACAGCAGUGGCAUUGCUGCUUGUUGUGAUUGAUCCAAUACAACGCAGGUGUGUUCAUAGAGUAGGUACCCAGAGAUACGCAAGGGAUCGGGAGUGUUGCAUUAAUAGUCAUUGGAAUUGUCAGAAAAAGCAGAUUAAUUUCAAACAGGCCCACUUAUGAGGGACAGGCUUGCUUACCACCUAUCCUCUCUUUCCAAUGGAGACAUCUAGAGAGGAACCACACCUAUCAGGAUACAGAUGCUUGACAUUGAGGAGCACUAGAAUAGCUACAUGUCUCCUUUCAACAAUGCCCACCUUAACCAGUCAUUUUGAUAUCAAUCGUCCAAUAUGUGUGAAAUAAGGACAAAGAUAGGCUACAAAGUCAUAGCAAAUGUCCAUUCAGGCAACACACAGGAGGAGAUACUGUACUGUACCAUUCACCCCUGUUGAUGUGUGUAUCACAGAAAGACUACUUUGAAUCUCCUCCUGUCUGAGAUCUUGUACGGCUGUCAGAGCAUCUACUAGCUGUAGAAUAUUAUUUACCAAUCUCUAAUGCGUUCACUCGAUGGAACGCCUCCUCUUUCUAAUAACCCUAGUAGAGUGCCGUCAAAUGUCGUUGACAAAUGUGAGUCUUUUGGUCUAGGUUUUUCUUAGUUUUUUUCCCUUAAAAGGUUUUGAGGAUAUUAAAGAAGAAGGCAGUAAAUGUCCCCCUCCCCUCCACCACCCUAUAGAUGUAUAAGAGAUGAGGGACCAUGAUGUGACUAUGCUUAGAUUGCUGAUGGAUUGAGCUGUAAACAUUGGGCUGGAGAACCACAGCAUUGCAGUGAGUCAUUCUAGCGGUCUGGGCCUACUCAAGGGAGGCAAGGGAGCAUGUGGCAUGGAUUUCUGUUUAUAAUGCUGCUGUCUGUCAGCAAACCAUAGAGGUCUGUCCAUCCGUCCAAACAAAUCACAGGGAUACUUGGAGAUCUGGUUCAGUACUCUCUUCCCCCAGUCCUAGGGGUGGGCAUCUUGGGACCUGGAGCGCUGCAGGGAGUGCAGGCUUUAGUGCCGUUUAGUUAAUUUGCGCAUAAUGAUUUACAAUAAAAUAGAAGAAAGAUUAGAAUAAGCCCUGAAGGCUGGUGAAACAAAGGCCUGCACAGCUCUCCAUGAACAGAGUUGCCCACCCCUGUUUCAGUCCCUUCAUCUGAAAUUCAUUGUUGAGUCUACUGUUUUGACAGGUGAAACAAUCAUGUUAUUUUUUGCUUUGAGCUUUGGUAUAAAAUGACUACAAAAAAGGCAAAAACAUAAACAAAAAAACUAUUAUAAAAAAUAAUCACUUGUGUUAUAAAAAAAUGUUUAUGUAAAAUUGUCAUAUCAAAUGUAUUUCAAAAUUACAUUAAAACUUUUAACAGAAA